AUGACUAGCCAAGCGAAGAAGCAGCACUGCAAGGGUGCUCUGGACUGCCACGUGAACGAUGUUGUUAGUGACACCUCUAGUUCCAUGGACUUGGCCGCGUACGCGGAGCGCGCCGAGAAUUGGCCAUCUUUUUCCCAAGCCCAGCAUAUCAAAUCCUCCACAUCCUCGGUUAACUGCAUCGUUGUGACCCUCGGCCAAAGCCUCAGGAAUUCAGUCGCCGAGUGCGCGCGCCGCGGCGUGGCCGUCGCCAACGCCGGGAAGGUCUACUCCACCGACGUGGCGGACCACGCCGUGGGCCUGCUGCUCGACGUGCAGCGGCGCGUGUCGGCGGCGGAGCGGUACGUCCGGCGCGGGUCCUGGCCGGCCCAGGGCGACUACCGGCCACUCGGCUCCAAGCUCGGCGGCAAGCGCGUCGGCAUCAUCGGCCUGGGCAACAUCGGCUCGCUCGUCGCGAGGAGGCUCGAAGCCUUCGGCUGCGUCAUCCUGUACAACUCGAGGAGGCGCAAGGAGGAGGGCUCGGCCCGCCGCUACACCUACUUCCCGGACGUCCGGGGCCUCGCCGCCGCGUCCGACGUGCUCGUCGUUGCCUGCGCGCUGAACGAGGAGACGAGGCACGUCGUGGGCAGGGAGGUGCUGGAGGCCCUGGGGAAGGACGGCGUGCUCAUCAACGUCGGCCGAGGAGCGAACGUCGACGAGGCGGCGCUGGUGGCGGCGCUCAAGGAGGGGAGGAUCGCCGGUGCCGGCCUCGACGUCUUCGAGGACGAGCCGAAGGUGCCGGCGGAGCUCCUGCCCAUGGACAAUGUGGUGCUGACCCCUCACGUGGCGGUUCUGACGCAGGAGUCCAGGUCGGACCUGCGCGCGCAGACCAUCGGCAACCUCCAGGCCUUCUUCUCCGGCCAGCCAUUGCUCACUCCCGUGCCCUGCCAUCGUGCCUAGUGUUUUGAUAACUUGCAAAUUUUCAUAAUAACCAGAUGACAUUCGUGGAAAACGUGACAAAAAAAGAAUCGAUGAUCCAAAAUGUUAUUUUCAAACGCAUUUUGGAGCAUCGAUUUUUCUUUUUGCCAUGUUUUCCAUCA